AUGCACACAGAGGCUGAGGUGGGAAGGCAUGAGGUGGCCAUGGGUGAGGCGGCCCUGCACAAGGCAGCCAUGGGCAAGGUGGCCAUGGGCAAGGCGGCCCUGCACAAAGCAGCUGUGGGCGAGGUGGCCAUUCNNNCCCUGCACAAAGCAGCCAUGGGCGAGGCAGCUGUGCACAAGGCAGCCAUGCGCAAGGCAGCCCUGCACAAAGCAGCUGUGGGCAAGGCGGCCCUGCGCAAGGUAGCCAUGCUCAAGGCGGCCCUGCACAAGGUGGCCAUGCACAAGGCAGCCCUGCGCAAGGCGGCCCUGCAUGAGGCAGCCCUGUGCAAGGCAGCUGUGUGA